AUGCAAGACCCAGAACUCCAUCAUAAAGCACAUUCCACAGAAGAGGCCCAAGGACUGAGCCUUGAGGAACUCCCUCGCAGAUGUCCUUCGUUUCUCUCUUCGUUAGGAGAAGCUUUCUGUCCUGGAAGUAGCUCUCCACCAAGUUUAUCAGUCGAACUCAGGACCGGCUUCACCAGAUUUGUGUUCCCAAGGACUGGAAUGGUCUAUAUGGUAACCUUCAACACUGUCUUUAUGUACAUGGAAAUGAACUGUCUGUGGAUGCUUAUGUUCACCCUUAAGGGCAAACGCUGUGGCAAUCUUAGCUGCGAAGGCACUGGCGUUCAGCAGGAGCAGCAACCCGACAAGUGCCAUAGUUUUGAUGGAGAACAGGGUGAGGAAGCCUAG